AAAAACAUGAUCUUUCUCAUCUCAUCCGUCCUCUCUUGCCUUAUUUACGAAACCCAUGUGCUAUAUUGCAUCGCAGAUCAUUUUGCUUGUUGCUUGCUUAGGCAGAGUCGAUUCCCCUGCUACUUGAGGGUUGAAGACCGACCUAGAUCCUUGCAUCUGGCCUUCGCACCUCUGGUGAGUUAGAACGGUGCUGUUAUGGAAUCUGAGCUGCUACUUCAUACCGGUGGAUGCCAUUGCAGGAGAGUAAGGUGGGAAGUCGAAGCGCCAACUAGCGUAGUUGCUUGGGAAUGCAACUGUUCAGAUUGCUCCAUGAGAGGCAAUAUCCACUUCAUUGUUCCUUCUGAAAAAUUCAAACUUCUGGGAAAUUCAGACCAAUACCUUACAACCUACACUUUCGGCACUCACACGGCAAAGCAUACUUUUUGCAAAGUUUGCGGUAUUACAUCAUUUUACAUGCCAAGAUCAAAUCCAGAUGGAAUCGCCGUUACUUAUAGGUGCGUGGACCCUGGUACUCUGGCUCACGUCAAGAUCAAGCAAUAUGAUGGGAAGAACUGGGAAAGCUCAUAUGAUGCGUCUGGCGUUUCUUCAUGUUCUAAAGUGGAUACAGAAAAGGCAAAACUUGGUUCCAGCUGAAAAUUGUUCUGAUGCUGCUAAUGUCAAGUAUAUGCUCCGUAGCUCUGAGUAGUCUGUGCUUUUUUAACACGGCCAUGAGGUUCCCAAAGUGUACUAUUGUGUAAUACUAUGGUUGGAUCAGUGAAUCAAUAAUGGGAGGCCGUUGAGGUGAUACUUCAUAAUUUCCUUAGGAACAAGAUACUUGACAAGGUAUUUCAUGGAA